UCCAAUCCCAUAAAUAUUUCGAACAGCAUUGGAUCAACAACGAAGAUUCUCAUCCUUUACACCCAGGAUUAUGAAGUCUGGGCGCAUCACUUUGAAGACUAUGUGAUAGGAUCUGAGGACAAUGGAUACCUCAUCUGGGAAGCAAUAGUAACUUGACCCUACGCUCAUUCAGCAACCUCAAGGAUUAUUAAGACGCAGAAGGAGUAUAAUGAUCUUUUGAAAGAUGUUAAAGAUCUUGCCCAAGACGAAAAAGAUAAAUUUCAAUGCAAUAUCAAAGCAUUGAGAUUAAUCAGAUUCGCUCUUCAAUCCGAUACUUUCAGGCUAGUGAGUUCAUGCACAACCGCAAAAGAAAUAUGGGACAGGCUGCGAGAAUUGUACUCUACGGACGAAGAUCUUGAACACUCCAUUCAAACCUUGCUCGUGUCCGAGUUUGGUGAAUUCAAGCAGGGAGCCGAAGAAACAGUAACUCAAACGUUCGAUCGCUUCAAUCAUCUUCUUAGCAAGAUGAUUAAACACGACAUCGAAAGGAGGCUUAUUGAGCAGAAGGUUACGUUUUUGAACGGUCUCAGAUCUGAGUGGAGAGCUGUUGUGUCCACAGUUAAAGCGCAUGAGCAAUUCAAAUCCUACUCUUUGGCGAAACUGGUGGGCAUCCUGAAAUCUCAGGAAAAGAUCGUGUUACAUGAGAAGAAUGUGGUCUCAAACCUAGGUUCGUUGGCCCUCCUGUCCAAAAGCAAAGCGGUGAUGGAAGAAGAAGACCUUAACUUGGAGGACUAUGACCUCACUUCUGAGGACUAUGCUAUGAUGGUGACAAACCCCAAGAGGUUCAUCAAGAAGAGAUUUCCCACCAACAAGAACCAAAAUUGGCAGGGGAGUUAUAGUUCUGAAAAGGUCAAAGAUGAACCGAAGGCUGAAGAAUCGAAGAAGGAACCGAAAGCUGAGGGAGAUUCGGGAGUGAGCUGCUAUUACUGUGGAGGAAAGAAUCACUAUGCAAAAGAUUGUGUCCUCAAGAAAAUGGCAGAAAAGGAUGAUGAAAAGGAUGAAGAAGCUCUGUUGCAGAAAAAGCUGGAUGAGAUUAGGAAGAAGAAAUCUACUACUAACCCUUUAAUGAAUGCUUUGAUUGUGCAGGGUUCGGUAGCGAAUGAUGAGUUCGGAGGUGUGGAGGUCUGGUCAUCCGACUCCGAAGAUGAUGAAGUAAGGAAGUCUUCUCAUGGAAAGGCUUAUGUGGCGAAAGAAGAGAGCAGUGGGGGAAAAUGCUUGAUGGUGUCUGACGUAUCUCAGAUGAGGGGAUACAACACAGAUGGUGGGAAUGAAGACACGAAGGAGCAACAGAAUUUGUGCUUUACAGCUAAACCGCUCAGCGUGCAGUUCAACGAGCUUGAUGAACUGAUCAAGAAGGGUGUCUUCGAAGAGUGAGGAACGGCGGAUGUGGAUCGAACUGAAGGAGUCGGAGUUAAUCAAAACAAAAGAUGAAAACAUUUAUUUGCAAAGAGACAAUUUAAAGCUUUUAAAACAGCGAAAUGUUUUAUGUUUGAUUGCUAAACGUCUUUACACUAAUAUUACUCAGCUUCAUUUGGAUUGUGAAAUAGGACAAAA